CACUGCCCCACCCGGCUGCAGCAGGUGGGGACAGAACACACAUUUCUGGCCACAUCAACCCAGCACAGUCCCUCACCCCGUUUACAAUUUAUUUCUCUGUGUGUCCUCAGUUUCAUCGUCGCCCUGCGUGGUUUGAAGCAGCGGGCUCAGAGCGACACCCCUCCCCACGAAUCUCCAAGCAAUAAUGCAGGGCUCGGUUUCCAUCACCGUUUCUGACCCGGAGGCGCUGGGGCUGUGCCAGCUUUUCCAGUGAGGAGGGCGGGGAGGCGGCAAGGGCGCGAUGGCCGAGAAGUGCGACUGCCUGGCCAGCGUGUACGGCUACGACCUGGGCUGCCGCUUCGUGAACUUCCGCCCGCUGGGUUUCGGGGCCAACGGGCUGGUGCUGUCGGCCCUGGACAGCCGCAGCUGCCGCAAGGUGGCCGUCAAGAAGCUGACGCUGGGCGACGCGCGCAGCAUCAAGCACGCCUUCCGCGAGAUCAAGAUCAUCCGCCGCCUGGACCACGAGAACAUCGUCAAGGUCCACGAGGUGCUGGGCCCCAAGGGCGCCAGCCUGCGCGGGGACUUGUUCAAGUUCAACGUGGUGUACGUGGUGCAGGAGUACAUGGAGACGGACCUGGCGCGGCUGCUGGAGCAGGGCAAGCUGGCCGAGGAGCACGCCAAGCUCUUCAUGUACCAGCUGCUGCGCGGGCUCAAGUACAUCCACUCGGCCAACGUCCUGCACCGCGACCUCAAGCCCGCCAACAUCUUCAUCAGCACCGAGGACCUGGUGCUGAAAAUCGGCGACUUCGGCCUGGCCAGGAUCGUGGACCAGCACUACUCGCACAAGGGUUACCUCUCUGAAGGCUUGGUGACCAAGUGGUACCGCUCCCCCCGUCUCCUGCUGUCACCCAACAACUACACCAAAGCCAUCGACAUGUGGGCAGCCGGCUGCAUCCUGGCCGAGAUGCUCACCGGGAGGAUGCUCUUUGCUGGGGGCCACGAGCUGGAGCAGAUGCAGCUGAUUCUGGAGACCAUCCCCGUCAUCCACCAGGAGGACAAGGAGGAGCUGCUGAGGGUGAUGCCCAUGUUCAUCAACAGCACGUGGGAAGUGCGGAAGCCGCUGCGCAAGCUGCUGCCCGAGGUGGACAGCGAAGCGAUUGAUUUUCUGGAGAAGAUCCUGACCUUCAACCCCAUGGACCGGCUGACGGCCGAGAUGGGCCUGCAGCACCCCUACAUGAGCCCCUACUCCUGCCCCGAGGACGAGCCCGUGUCCCAGCACCCGUUCCGCAUCGAGGACGAGAUCGACGACAUCCUGCUGAUGGAGGCCAACCAGAGCCAGAUGUCCAACUGGGACAGGUACCACAUCAGCCUCUCCUCCGACCUGGACUGGAGGCACGACAAGCACCACGACAUGGACGAGGUGCAGCGGGAUCCCCGCGCGGGCUCCGAGUGCGCGGCCGAGGAGGCGCAGGUGGACCCGCGGAAAUACUCGCAGAGCAGCUCGGAGAGGUUCCUGGAGCUCUCCCACUCCUCCAUGGACCGCGUCUUCGACGCCGACUGCGGCAAGUCGUGCGAUUACAAAGUGGGGUCGCCCUCCUACUUGGACAAGCUGCUGUGGAGGGACAGUAAGCCCCACCACUACUCCGAGCCCAAGCUGAUCUUGGAUUUAUCCCACUGGAAAAGGGCAGCCAUAGCGCCCGCCGCCGAGCUGGCGCUGGAAGAGGAGCCGUCCAACCUCUUCCUGGAGAUCGCCCAGUGGGUGAAGAGCACGCAGGUGGGGCUGGAGUGCCCCGGCUCCCUGCCCGAGAUGCAGGAGAGGAGCCUGCCCUCCUCUCCCCACCGCCUGCACCAGGAGCCCGCCCAGGUGGGCAGCGAGACCGACCCCGAGUUCGACCUGGACGUCUUCAUCUCCAGGGCGCUCAAGCUUUGCGCCAAACCCGAGGAUCUUCCAGACAACAAGCUCAACGAGAUCAACGGGGCCUGCAUCUCGGAGCACCCCGGGGACAUGGUGCAGGCAGAGGUGUUCCAGAAGGAGCGGUGGUGAGGGGCCCCCAAGCCCCACUCCUCCUCCUCCUCCUCCUCCUCCUCCUCCUCUCACUGCCCAGGGCUCCCACUGAGCAUCCCCUCCUCACACGGUACCAAAUGCCUUUUUGGGGAAAGGCAAGCACAAACCACGCGCCCCUUCUGAUGCCUUGGAAGUGCUUCCGAGGGGAUCGGGAGGAGCGAGUGAGAUGCUGAGUUUCUUACACUGCCUUAACAAUCUUGCCUUGCGAUCUCUGGGACCUGUUUGAAACUUCAGUGUACGAGGGGAAAAAUGACGGUACAUGGCAGGUUUACAAACAGCAGUCAGAUCAACUACUUUUCCUUUCUUUUUCUACAGCAGCCUGAAAUGACAAGGACAAAAUUAGCAUUUUCAGUAUGGUCAGAUACCCUCCUGGCUGGACAGGUUCCCAAAACUUUGAGCUCUUCUGAGGCACCUGUGUGAGUACAGGUAGGGAAUAAAGUGAUGCCAGCCAUCAGCCAGCAGAGAAUGGAACUAGAGGUGGAAUUUGGCCAUCAGACAAAAAAAUAACUCUCUGAGAAUGUUAAUGGGGAAGAAAUUUGACCUACAAAGUAUGGGCCAUUGGGGAUUUGUUUGUUGUUUUUUUUUUUUUUCCCCAAGGGGAAGACGUAAUUUUUGCUAAGUGCAUUUUGCUGGUUUGUGGCUUCUGAACACCAAAACCUUCCCUGGCGUUGCACGGGGUGCAGCAGGGGAUGCAGGGGGAUCUGAGCUCUCUCUGGAGAGCCGUGUGAUGCAUUUCAGUGCGACGCCCUGGUGCUGCCAGUCCUGCCCGUCAGACCAGCAAACCCCAGCUCUGAGCGAGGGCUGGGCGGGAGCUGGAAGUGCCGCCGGCCACGCGGACCCAGCCAGGGCUCUGCUCCUGGAGGAGGAGCUGAAGCACUGCUGCCUUCCCUUCUGACAGAGAUGUGGGGAAGGAAACACAGUUCCUGUGGUGUUAGACUCCUGACUGGCCCCUUUGCUCCCAGCUGGUGCCAGCAGGAAACUGCGUGUAAAUAGAUGAAGACGCGGCUGAUCUACUGUAACUUCUGUUCUCAUCCUCACUUCCGAGCACCUUAAUAACUAACCAGCUAACAAGAGUUUGUAUGUGGGAGAAAUGUCCUGCACUUGUAUUUAAUCCAUGGCUUUUUAAACGGGAGAUGUGUAAAUAGUGCCACGCAAGACAGUGUCUGCUCUCCUCUGCCCUCCUGCUGCUGUGCUGCCCGGCAGAGUGGCUCCACUUACCUUGGUAAAAGAGGAACUGCUGUGUUUGGUACUGCAGGGCCCGUGUUUAACUACUCCUGUGUGAAUUAUUUCUGCCCUUUCAACAAGCAAUCCGCUCCGUGCUCUGAGGUGUAAGGAAAACCCACGUGGGGCUGGCGUAACUAACAGCAGUGUUCCCUGUACUAGCCCUGGUUUCUGUUCUUGCUGGGGCCAGGCGCAGGUUUAGCUGCACCAGGCCGUGGCAAGACCAAAAACGUGUUUUUACUGUGAAGAUCUCGCACCAGGGUGAUGGAAAUGCUGCUGCUCUGGCUGAUCAGCAGCGUGGGUGGGAUGGGGUGCAAGUCCAGGGGUGGAGAAGGCAUUUGAAAGGCUCAGAAAGGCAAAGCCAUUGGUCUCAAGGCUUUGCUUUGAGCAUUUGGAUGUGCUCCAGAGUGGUCUACAGAGGGGAAAUGGGGCAGAAACAGAGGUUUGGUGUCUGCUGUGUUGCAGAUGGUUGAUAUACCUCAGCUAAAGCUCAGCACUUUCACUGGUGGUGGGGGGCAGAGCUCAGAGCCACAGGAGAGGAGCAGCUCUGGUCAGAGCCACAGGAGA